AUGGCGGAUGAUUUGGAUGUCGAAGCAAUGCUAGAAGCCCCUUUUCAAAAGGGCCAGGAAACCUCUGUUACUCACAAUACUAACGGAAAGAGUCGAUCGGACCAAAAGGACGAUAUAAAAAGUGAUGAACGACGACGUCAUCGAAGUUCUUCGAGAACUUCCAGUCACCGACAUAGAUCACAUUCUAGAUCACGUCGUUCACGAAAGUCACGUUCUAGAUCUCGCGACAAACACAAAAGACAUCGUAGUCGUUCUAGAUCGCGUGAAAGGCGACGAAGAAGUCGUACUCGUUCUAGGGAAAAGCGUAAAAGAAGUCGUAGCGCACGUAGGAGGAGUCGUAGUCCAAGCAGAUUCAGUGACCGUGACCGUCGGCGGCGUUCACCAACUCCUCCUUUAGACGAAGAAGAACGUGAUAAACGUACAGUAUUUGUUAUGCAAUUAGCUGCGCGUCUUCGAACUCGAGAACUUGCUGAUUUUUUUGCAUCGGCUGGCAAGGUCCGAGAUGCAAAGAUUAUUGCUGAUAGAAUAUCUAGAAGAUCAAAAGGGGUUGGUUAUGUCGAAUUUUAUGACGAAGAAGCUGUUCCAAAAGCUUUAGCUUUGACUGGGCAAAAACUUUUAGGUAUUCCAGUGAUUGUACAAUUAACCGAGGCAGAAAAAAACAGACAAGCUAGAUUAGCAGAACAAGCAGCUUCCCAUGCGACAGAUAUUGCUUAUCACCGGUUGUAUGUUGGGUCAGUCCAUUUUAAUUUGACAGAAGAUGAUCUAAGGCAGAAACUGGCCGGUCUAGAGGCUUUGCCUUUAUCCAAUGCUAAACAAGCACUAGAAAAAAUGAAUGGCUUUGAAUUGGCUGGAAGAACAAUUAAAGUAGGUCUUGUUACUGACAAGAGUAACGGCAUGAAUUUGAAUCUUGAUGAUGGCGAUGUUGCUGGUUUAGCUCUCAACGCACAGUCGCGGGUCGAAUUGAUGCAAAAGUUAGCUCGCGAUACUGACUUGAUUGCACCUGCAACUACGCCAGCUUUAUCAGAAGUGCCACGUCCUGUACAACCCAGAGUGAACCCAACUCGCUGCGUCUUAUUAAAAAAUAUGUUCAAUCCUGAAGAGGAAACUGAAUCAAAUUGGGCCGAAGAACUCGAAGAAGACGUAAAAGGAGAAUGUGUCAAAUAUGGCGCUGUUGUUCAUAUUAGCGUUGAUAAAGAAUCUGAAGGAGAUAUUUAUAUGAAAUUUGAUAAUGUCGCAUCUGCUAAAAAUGCAGUGAAUGGCCUCAAUGGACGAUGGUUUGGAGGCAAUCAAAUCCAGGCGGUGUUUAUUCUCGACAUGUUUUAUAAUGCUCGAUUUCCAAAAGCAGCAAGUCUAUGA